UCCCUUGUAUUACAGGAUCCCAUAUAUUCCCUCUUUUUCCCUUCACAGGACAGUUUCAAAGGGCAUCUCGCCUUACUUUCAACCUCUUCUCCCCAGAAACAUUGACUUUCAAGACUGCCUCAUUGAGUUCUAGACUACACUGGUCUACCAGAACACUUUAGGCCAACCAGAAUCAACAUGUCUGGGACUGAGGAAGCAAUUCUUAGAGCCUUUGACAGCCAUCCCUUUUCUGCUGGCGGCAACUCUUUAUUAUGCUUUGGACAGUACCAGUACACAGCAGGAGAGUACCAGGCCAUCCAGAAUGCUCUGAGGCAGAGACUGGGCCCAGAAUACAUAAGUAGCCGCAUGGCUGGAGGAGGCCAGAAGGUGUGUUACAUCGAAGGUCACAGGGUAAUUAAUCUGGCCAAUGAGAUGUUUGGUUACAAUGGCUGGGCACACUCUAUCACACAGCAGAAUGUGGAUUUUGUUGACUUUAACAAUGGCAAGUUCUACGUGGGAGUCUGGUUUGUGCAAGUCCAGUUGAAGGAUGGUUCAUAUCAUGAAGAUGUAAGCUAUGGUGUUAGUGAGGGCCUCACGUCAAAGGCCUUGUCCUUGGAGAGUAGAAAAGAGGCAGUGACGGAUGGGCUGAAGCGAGCCCUGAGAAGCUUUGGAAAUGCACUUGGAAACUGUAUUCUGGACAAAGACUACCUGAGGUCACUAAGUAAGCUUCCACGCCAGCUGCCUCUUGAAGUGGAUUUAACUAAAGCGAAGAGACAAGAUUUUGAACCAUCUGUAGAACAAGCGAGGUACAGCAGCUGCCGACAGAACAUGGCUCUGGGACCCCCAAAACCACAGGAGGUGACCUCCCCUUGCAGACCCAGCCACUCAGACGACCCCCACAUUGUGAUACAGGGGGAUAAGGACAGCAGCUCCCGGAACUCACUGCCACCUUGUCGCUCUUCGGUGCAGAAGCCUAGCGCCCUCGGCUGCGGAGAGCGAGGCCACUUACCAGCGGAAGCUCCGGCAGAAACAGUUGCAGCAGCAGUUCCGGGAGCAGAUGGAGAGACAGCAGCAAGUUCAACGCCCUGCUCCGAGCACUGAGAAAAAGGACCAGGCGGAGCCCGCGGCGCCUCCGAAGCACAGCACUCCCAGGGCCGGCGGUGCGGAGCCCCUGGAGCAAGACCUCCUUGCAG